AUGGAUUUCAACGCCCUUCGCGCACGGACUCUGCGUUCGGGAAAUGAUGAAGAGGCUGUUACCGUUAAUACUAGAGCACUCAUAGACAAGGUGUUGGCUCGAUACUCUGGAGAAUGGACCGUCCUGAGAGAGUUGCUCCAGAAUGCGGCUGAUGCUUCCGCCACCAAAAUCACAAUCAAAUUCGAGACUACGCCAUCCACUACUGUUCCAUUACCUUCUGGGGCCUCCUCUGAUUCAGCCCUUCUCAAGCAUACAGUCCAAAACCAUACCUUGAAACGCCUGGUGGUGACGAACAACGGGCAGGCAUUUACCGAAAAUGAUUGGAAUCGGCUGAAGAGAAUAGCAGAGGGUAACCCCGAUGAGACCAAGAUUGGUGCAUUCGGCGUGGGUUUCUACUCUACCUUUGCCGAUUGUGAGGAGCCAUUCGUGUCCUCUGGCCGGGAGGCUAUGGCGUUCUACUGGAAGAACAACUCUCUUUUCACAAGGCGUCUGCAGCUCAACGACGCAGAAGCAUCUUCAGAUACCAAUUUUGUCCUCGACUAUCGAGACGCCACUUCCCCGGUUCCUCCCCUCCUCCCCUUGGCACAAUUCCUGGCGAACAGUCUUACUUUUGUUGGGCUAGAAAAUAUCGGGCUGUGGAUAGACAACUGGAAUGUACUAUCAUUGACGAAGAAGACAUCACCUAGUUACGAAUUGGGUAUUCCCAAAGACAUUGAACCCAAGACAAGUGAGGGGUUCAUGAAGGUAUCGAAAGUGUCGAAGGAGAUUGCGCAGAUCGAUGGGCAAUGGAUGGCUAUCAUAGGAUGGAAGGCAUCCAAGGAUACCGGAAACCGUGCACACGCCCAGGAUUCCGGCCCUUCACUUCGCAAGUUCUUUUCCAGACUGGCUGGAGCCGUGCAGGAGGAGAACCAGACCGCUGCAAGACCAGACACGCCAGUAACUAAUGACACGGAUAUGCUUGCCACAAAAUUUUCAGCCACCGUGUUUCUAAAUGUCAACACUGCCACUAUCAAGACCUUUACUGGGCAGAAAUUCAACGAAGAGUUGGAACGUGCUACGAAGAAACCACCUCCAAAGUACACAAAACUUGCAGUCCUCACAGCCCCGUACAUCGAGGAUUCAAGUCUAGCCAAGGCAUCUGCAGCUAGUGAUGUCUUUGGCACUGUGCUUCCAGCAAAAAGCGGCAAAAUUUUCAUUGGAUUUCCAACUCAUCAAACCACCGGGCUCAGCGCUCAUAUCUCAGCCCCCUCUGUGAUACCUACCGUCGAACGAGAGUCGAUUGAUUUGAACGCAAGAUAUGUAAGAACAUGGAACAUGGAGAUGUUGAGAUCCGCCGGCAUUGUUUGCCGAAUAGCCUGGUCAACCGAAAUGCAAGAGCUACAGGAAAAGAUUCGGCGAGAGGCCAAUGGCCGUUCCAAGAUUCGCAUGGACGAAGUGAAUCCCUUCUUGGACGAAGCCAUCACAAUAUUCAAAAACUUUACUUACAGAGAGUCAACACCAUCUGCCGCAAUAGGUCAACUACUUGAGGAUGCUUUCUGGACAUGUAGUAAGAAAGCUUCAAUUGAAGUUGUUUCUACCUGUGGCAUUCUUCCAACACAUGAUGUCCGUGUUGCUCCUAAAGAUUUGACCUUCAUGGCAGGAAUUCCAAUCAUCCCCGAAAGACUGGCAACAGAAGCAAAACAACUGGUGGGAAAACUUGUUGACUUUGGCUUGAUUACGGAGGUGACCGUCUCAGACAUAAAACUUGCACUCGAGUCAAGUCCUCUGUCCGCUGUCCAAGUAGCUGAAUUCCUUGGCUGGUUGACAAAGCAAGCAACUCGUGGACAACUCGAUAAGGCAACUAUCGCCAAUCUCCUUGCUGUCGCAGUGGUGAACGAUGACAAGCCUGAAAGCGAACGAGGUCAAAUUCUUCAACUUGGAGAGAUGCAAUAUUUUCUGAACCCCAGCAGAACCCCCGUGGACUUUCCUGUACCCCCUUCAGUUAUGCCAUUUAAGUUCACAAAGAGUAUGAGCAAGCACGAACUAGAAAGUUUAGGAUGGGAAGAGCUGCAAAUAGUCCCUUGGGUGCGUUGGUUAAUUGCACAGUCUGGAAAUCGUCAAACUCUCCCUGAAAACCAAGAUAUUACGCGAUCUUCUGAAUUCAGUUCCCAGAUUCUGCCUCUACUUUCGAAGCAUUGGGACUCACUCAGCCAGUCUUCCAAGUCAUCUUUGGUUGACCUUUUCACGAACCACACUGUGGUUCCAACAAAGUUUGGUAUGAGGAAGCCAAGCGAUUCUUAUUUCCCCAAUGUGAAGCUUUUUGAUGAUCUUGCAACCAUCAAGGGCCUUGGAAAUGUAAAGGAUAAGUUUUUGAUAGCGAUUGGUGUGCGCAAAACUGUGGAGUUAGGCAUGGUCUUUGAGCGACUUUUAUCAAAGGACUCGAGAGGUAGCCACGUGGAUCUCAUACAAUAUCUUGCCUCCGUUCGCGAAGAUAUACCAGGUGCGGACAUGCAGAAGUUGAGGAGCACGCCUAUCUGCCCGAGACAAAUAAAAGGCAAAGAAGAAGAAAGUUCAAGCAAGCUGUAUAAAGUCGGAGAGUUGUUUGAGCCUCGACCCGAACUUCGAGAACUGAGCCUUCCUUGCUUGUCUUGGCCUGGCCUCUACCGCAGCGGCAGCCCUGAAGGAAGGUUCCUGAGCAGCCUUGGUCUACGAACAGUCCCAACUGUUGAUGAACUAAUUGCCAUCAUGGCCGAAGCUGGGAAAUCACCUCGUCCGGACCUCGAUUUGAGGGACAGAGCUCUUACUUAUUUCCUGUCUCACCACCAUUCAUCCGGGUAUGCCGCCUACGACUAUUCUAAGAUCUCGAUACCAUUCCUGCCGCUGGAGAACAAACCUGACAAAUUGGCCACACCAUCCCAGUGCUUCAUCGAUGAAGGCGCUGCGCUUCUUGGCUUCGAUAUUCUAAAGAGAGAUUGGGUGUCUCAUGCAAUCAAAUUCGGCGUCCGACAGAACCCUCCCAUGGAGCUCUGUGUUAACAUCCUGAGCAAACGCCCACCAACUACAUUUGUUGCAGCGCGAACUCUAUUUUCAUAUUUCGCUACCAGACUAGGCGAGAUCAAUGCGACGAACAUUCCUUGGCUAAACGAAAUGAAUUUCAUACCGAUUUUCUCCAAAAGUAAAGAGAAAUCAGCACCCAAGUUGCACACCUCACCCAGGAACUGUUUUCUAGGCGAGAACGAUGUGUUUGGUGAAAUAUUCCACUUCGUUGAUUUUGGAGUCGAAGCAAAUGCCUUCCUAGUGAAAUGUGGUUCUAAACAAGAGCCAUCAAAGGUCGAGAUUGCGCAGAUUCUUGUAAGAGAACCGGCACGCAUCUCUGCAACCUUUCGCAACGCUGAGAAAUACCUAGCCCUCUUACGCAAUAUGGCCGAUAGCGUGAAGAUCUUGAAGAAGAACAAGGAACUUUUCGCAGAAAUGAAGCGGUCACCUUUCUUACUUGCGAGCAGAGAGCUCCCUGCUGCACCCACUUCCAAUAAUAAACCUGCAGCCGGAGCAGAGUAUUCAGACGACAUUGAUGAAGAUGUACAAGGAAUUCGCGAGUUCCAAUUAUGUAGCGCCCAGGAUGCUAUCAUAAUCGAUGACUACAUUAACUAUAACUUGUUUAAGACAAACAUUCUUGCCGCUCCACAAGAAGAGAGUCUCGAGGAGUUUUACUACAGCUUAGGGUCGCCACUCUUGAGUUCUCUGGUCGAAGAAGCCGCCCGUCAUGGGCCAAGAGCAACAGACCAAAAACCGGCCGAGAAGUUACAGAAGCAGAUCCUCGAACGUUCAACGUUGUUUCUUCACGAACAGCCGCCAGAUACCAUCAAGCACGAUGCAAAAUGGUUAGAGAAAAAUCUAAAGGUUCAACUAGUCUCAAACAUUUCUCUUCGGCGAUCAUUACGAGAUCGCAACAUCAGCCAUACUGAAAAGAGGACUGCCGUUGUCACUGCAGUGAAUAAGGAAUUCACACUCUGGAUCAGUGGUGCAAAGCCUGACCUUUACCAAGUCAGUCAGGCACUUGUUCAUAUCUUACUGACGAGGCCUAAGCUUCAUUCCGCAAUUACACUCGAAAUGUUGCUGAAAACUGACUUGCUUGAGCUGAGGGCACGUGGCUUCAAUGUCUCCCGUAUACUUCGGCAGAAGGCAGCUGAAGCACGGCUUGCCGAAAACAAGCGUCAACAGGAACUUGAAGAGCAACGAAAGCGGAUUGAAGAGGAAGAAAAUGAAUACAUGGCCUCCCAGGGGAAGACCCAGAACCAUCAGCAACAACAAUUGCCUGGCGGAUUUCCAGACUCUCCCAAACAGCAUUCGGGAGACCCCAGCCAUAAUAAUGUACAAGUUGCUGAUGGAGAUGGUAGAUCCAGUCGAAGCCUGAUUUCCAGUUUCUCGAAGCAAUUUGGUUGGGGCAAUCGCCAUAUUCAGUCUAUGCUGGGCAAUGAUGAUGGAGGUGGCAAUGGUAAACAGAAAGCCGUUACAAAUGGCGAUCCUCCACCACCAUAUCAGUACAAUCAGCAAGGGUCCAAGACUCAAGAAGAUGGCGUUGCUGCUCCACACCGUCUACGUGAAAAUCUUCUGAGCGCAGUCAAAAAGACUCGUCCCCAUAACUCAUCCGAUAUUUUCAGCCGCGGGGAGACAAACGUUCUCACCGAGACCAAGUCUUACUGCGAUGAGCAUCCGGCCCAUGAGCUGGCCUUUGUAGCCGAGAUCAAGCAUGGAAUCCAAAUGUUCAUGGCAUCUCCCAACGAGGCAUCGACCUUCCUCCGCGAGCACUCCGCCGGCCUCACGACGUUUGCCACACUCUUGAAAUCAGUUGGAGAAAUAUUCAGCCUCAAUCCUAUCACUAUCAACAUAUUUAUGGAGCCAGUGGGGAAAACCAUCGCCUUCAACCGGAAUGGCAGCAUUUUCUGCAAUUACCGAUAUUACCACGACCUUCACGAACGCACGGCGCCAGGACGCGGCACUGAUAAUGCUGAGGCGUUUGUUUAUUGGUGGGUCAUUCUCUGUCACGAGUUGGCGCAUAAUCUUGUAGCGGAUCAUAGUUCUGAUCACAGCUACUACACGGAGGGAUUUGUGGCACAGUAUUUUGGGCGGGUUAUGAAGGCGCUAGUACAAGCAGAGCCUACUUCUGCACCAGAGCCACAACGUUUGAUCGACAUAUGA